AUGAACGCCCAAAAUAAACCCCAAAUUAUUGAACACAUAAAUCACCCCCUUGAUAACACCGUGUAUGAUGUGAAGUGGGUUCAUGGAAAGUCCAACCUUGUAGCGGUCGGGGAAAUGUUAAAUAAAAAAGGAUAUAUAAAUAUAUAUAACUUGGACAAGGGGAAAUUUACCUGCAUUUCUAACAAUGAAACAGGCACAGGGAUUAAAACAAUAAGCCCCUUUUUCUCCUAUUCCGGCACGUAUUCUAUUGCCUGUGGCACUUUUGAUGGCAACAUACUUCUGUACGACAUUAACCAUAUGUCUAACCCAUAUUAUAGCAUAAAAAAACAUACAAAAUUGAUAAACAAAAUAGAAAGUAAGAGUUACAAAAAUAAUAAUUUAAUAUUCAGUGCAAGUAGGGAUGGAUCCGUUAAAAUUUUUGAUAUAAGAACCAAUAAUGAAGUUGUGAGUUUAGAACCACCAAAGAAUUCGCCUUAUAUCCCUGACUGCUGGUGUGUGGGUAUAGGAAACAAUUACAUAGAUGUAAAUCCAACUUGUCAAAUAGAAGAAGAAAACUUAAGUUUAUGUGCAGGAUAUGACAAUGGGGAUAUAAAAUUUUUCGACUUAAAAAUGAUGUUAAUAGAGCAUGAGGUCAACGUCAACAAUGGUGUUUGUGCAAUAAGCUAUGAUAGAAAAGAUACACGAAAGAACAAAUUAAUUUGUGCAACCUUAGAAGGAAACAUUUACGUAUUCAACAUGGAUAUUUACAGCGAAGAUUCUGGAUAUGCUUACAGCAAGGAUCAGGUAGUUUCAGGAACCUGUUGGGGCACACCAUUUUUACCUCAAAAUCGGGAUAUUUUCGCUUCCUUGGGAGGUGACGGAAAUCUGGCCCUUUACAAAUAUGUGAACCCUGAAAAAAAUUACAUUUUCGACGAGACAAAGGGAUGCAAAAGAGGUGUUGUAGGAGAACUGGAAAAAUUAAAUUUCCUCAAAGUUUCAACUCAACCCAUAAUUUCAUUCGAUUGGAACAACAAUAAAUUAGGACUUUGUGUCUUUGCAUCAUUGGAUCAAACAAUUAGGGUGUAUAUAAUAACUAAGCUAAAUUUAUUUUAA